AUGGCGUGCCGGCCCACGGUGGCGGCCACCGUGUCAUCGCAGUGGCCACGCAGGGCCAGCAAGAGCAGGGAGAGGCCCAGGAGCGCCAGCACGGCUCGGGUGGACUCAGCUCUCGGACCGGCCACCCUCCUGCCAUCCUGCCGUUCCCUAACGUGGGAAUCGGGGCACCAAAUCUGGGCACGGACCACGCGUGUCCCUAAUGAGUCCCUAAUCACCAGCAGGGACAAAGCAGAGCCCUCUGCCGCUGUCCAGGAGGAGCCGCAGCGGCGGCGACAUUUGUCCUGCUGUCCGUGCACCGCAGCCUUCGCUUCCCAAACCCGAAAUCCCGGUCCUGGGGCUCCCUGCCCUUCACCCGCGGGGUUCGGCGGAGCUGGGACCGCCCGGCCUCAGCAUCCGGGGUCCCCCUCCCUGCCAGAGCCCCCGCGGCAGCGGCGCGGGGAAGGUUCCGCUCCUUGGGACCCCCCCCCCCCACCCCGCUCCUGUCCCCCCAACACACGGCAGCAGCUCCCCUGUCCCCCCCGAGGCGAGGGGAGCAGCACCAGCACCCCCCCCGGGACCCCCCUGGGCCCCUUGGGACCCCCGGGACCCCCCGGGACCCCCCUGGGCCCCUUGGGACCCACGGGACCCCCUGGGAUAGACCAGGAUCCCCGGGACCCCCGGGACUCCCCUGGACUCCUUGGGACCCCCGGGACCCCCCUGGACUCCUUGGGACCCCCCUGGACCCCUUGGGAUCCCCGGGACCCCCCUGGACUCCUUGGGACCCCCGGGACCCCCCUGGACUCCUUGGGACCCCCCUGGACCCCUUGGGACCCCCGGGACCCCCCGGGACCCCCUUGGACCCCUUGGGACUCCCCGGGACCCCCUGGGAUAGACCAGGAUCCCCGGGACCCCCGGGACCCCCCGGGACCCCUUGGGACCCCCCUGGACCCCUUGGGACCCCCGGGACCCCCUUGGACCCCUUGGGACUCCCCGGGACCCCCUGGGAUAGACCAGGAUCCCCGGGACCCCCGGGACCCCCCGGGACCCCUUGGGACCCCCCUGGACCCCCGGGACCCCCCGGGACCCCUUGGGACCCCCCUGGACCCCUUGGGACCCCCCUCUCCUGUCCCACCCCAAAGGCACGGAGCCGAGCGGGGCUGA